CGGUUUCCUACGCUGACUCUGAGGUUUGGUUCGUAACGUUAUUAAUUAAACUUUAUCGAAUUUAUUUCAGCAUAAACGUGAACCAAUUGCAGGGAAUCUCUGAACUACACUUUACGUUAACAAUUGCGCCGAAUUUAAGGAAUCACCAGUUUGAGGCGUCACUGGUCUCCCGUCAUCCCUGUGCAGUGUUUUCUCCUUCAGAGAGAGAGAGAGAGAGAGAGAGAGAGGGGCUGCUCCUAACUUCCCAUCAUCCUCUGCUCUGUCAUCCCCUUCCCUCCUCCUCGACUGAGGGAAGCACCACACCCUGUCAGCCAAUCAGAGCACAGCUCCACCUUCUCCAUCACAUCUCAGUCUCCAAGCAUCCAACAGAAAACAGGAAGAAGACGAAGAAGAAGAAGAAGAGGAGAGGGAUGUGUUCACGUCAAUGAAACUCGCCCAUCAACAGUGAGAUUCCUCCCCUCUUCUCAGUCCUCUCUGUCACACAAUGAGCAUCGUAGCCCUCUCACCCGUGCUCCCUGAACCUCCCUCACCAAUGCUGACCUCGGUCACGCCCGUCACCCCGACCCUGGACCAGGAUAUGGACCAUCAGUUCCAGGAGGGGACCUCCUCACCUGGCCCAGGAGCUGGAACCCAUUUGGUUCAAGACCCUUCCAGCAGGUCAAAGAAACCUCCCCCCCUUCACACCGGGGCUGACUGGAAGGUGGUCCUCCACCUGCCGGAGAUCGAAAAGUGGCUGAGGUCCACCAGUGAGAGAGUGACUCAGCUCACACACUCUGCUGCACAGGACAGUGACAACAGACACGUGGAUGUCCACCUGGUCCAGCUGAAGGACAUCUGUGAGGACAUCAGUGACCAUGUGGAGCAGAUUCACGCCCUGCUGGAGACAGAGUUCUCCCUGAAACUCCUGUCCUACUCUGUCAACAUCAUCGUGGACAUCAGGACGGUGCAGCUGCUGUGGCACCAGCUCAGAGUCUCUGUCCUGGUCCUGAAGGAACGUCUGUUGCAGGGUCUACAGGACUCCAACGGGAACUACACCAGACAGACCGACAUCCUGCAGGCCUUCAGCCAGGACCAGCACCAGACUCGUCUUGAUGCUCUGACUGAGGUGGAUGACUGUGGUCAGCUGACCAUUCGCUGCAGUCAGGACUACUUCUCUUUAGACUGUGGCAUCACUGCUUAUGAGCUGAGUGACUACAGUCCCAGCGACGAACCUGAGGUCCAAGAAACAGUAGCAGACAACCAGAGUGUUACACAGGAGACAGAAGCUGGAGCAGGUGAAGAACCACAGCCAGACCUAGGAUCAGUGGACUUGUCCUCUUCUAACCAGGAGUUUCACAACAGUUUACCUGAACUCACAACCAGUGACAGAACCAACCACAACCACUCAUCACCUACUACACUGCUACCCACAGUGCACUGUGGCUCGCCAAGCCACAGUCAAGGAGGGAAACGUUCACUUCCGUUAGGUGUGAGCCACAGCACCGAGGUUUCACCCACACAGCCGUCACAUCCCAAAAGGUCGGCUCCUCCAUCCUCAGACAGAAGAACCAGGACUCAGGAGACCAGAGGAAGUUUGAAGAAGGUCAGCCUCGUCUCUGAGCUCCAGCUCCAGGCCGAGCUGAGUCGCAGCUCCCCUUCUCUCAUGGAUCCUCCUGAUCGCUCCAAGUUCUGGUUGGAGCUGGAGUCGGUCUAUCCAGAGAACGUUUCACAGUCCUGUGAAAAUCUGCAGAUGAUGAACAGAAGGAACCUGCAGAGGAACCACAUGAUCUCCAGACGCUCAGAGGACCAGCACAGAAAACUGACUGAGCAGAGGAGCUCGUCUGUGGACACACAGACCUCUGAGGAGGACAGACACGAACAGAUGAAGAAAACUCUGGAGGAAACACACUUCUGCAGCGAGGGAGACUCCGACUCCUCCCUGCCCUCCCCCAGGAGGGAGCAGCUCCCCUUCUCAGACCUGGAGGCCUCUGCUGAGGAGUCAGACCCCCGACCUCCUCCCAGUACAACAGCAGAGGUGUGGGUCAUGAAGCGUCACCAACAGAAGGAGGUUCCAGAAAGGGAGCACUGGUAUGGCUCAGAGGAAUUCCUGGCUCUCCCUGCUCAGCUCCAUCAGACUGAAAUGCUCACUGAGAAGCUGGAACAUCUGGCCCAGUCCAUCCCCCUGAGGCCUGGAGACGGCCAGCAGGAGGCUCUGCAGGAUGUGGAUGACUGGGAUUUGACGGAGCUCAACCCAGAGUGGGACAGCGUUGGAGAAAGUGGUGACGACACUGGCUCUCCUCUGCCUCCACUGCUUCCGUCCAGAAGAAACCUCCUCAGCCGUCUCAGCCCCACCUCCUCCAGCGACAUGGCUCCCUCAGUUGGAGAGAGCAUCGAGUCCGGCCCACUGAGCGACCUGCAGUCAGAGGACGAUGAGGGCCGGGCAUCUGUAGACCGACAGCAGAGGACGACAGCACCUCUAGUGGAUGGACAUGGACGUGCCUCACUGGUUCAGGUGCUGCUGGAGGACAUACAGAGUCAGGACAGAGACCCAGACGUCUGGAGGAAGAUUGAGUGUUUUGUGCAGCAGUUGGACGGGUUCAUCUCGUGGCUGCAGGAAGCCCUGGACAGCACGGAGAACUGGACGCAGCCAAGACAGGAUCUGGACAGCCUGAGGGUGUACCUGGACACACACCUGAGUUUCAAACUGAACGUGGACAGUCACUCUGCCCUGAAGGAGAACAUCAUGGAGGAAGGAAGAGAGCUGCUCACCAUCAUCACCUCCAACCAAUCAGGUCUGAAGGAAAUCCUCCACAUGGUCUCCACUCAGUGGGAUCAGCUACAGAAACAGAUCCGGCGCCAACAUGGCUGGAUGCUGCGAUCCCUGCGAUGCGUUCAGGCCCGCCUCCUCUACACCAGCCAAUCACAGGAGCCCAUCACAGUGACAGCCGAUGGCCUCAAGGUGGAGCUGAUAUCGGGCCAGCGUGACGCUCAGCGAGCCGCCCUGGAGCAGAUGGCCAUCAAACUGAGCAGCCUGCGCUACCCAUCGUCGACCAGCAGGAGGCAGUGUAGUCAGCUGGCUAAGAUCACCAGUCUGCAAGAAUUUGAGGCUGAGUACCAGGAGCUCUGGGAUUGGCUGAUGGACAUGGACGCCAUGGUUGUGGACAGUCACCAGCUGAUGAUGUCAGAGGAGCAGAGGCGUCACCUGUACAAGAGCAGCCACACUGAGCUGAUGAUGAUGGAGAGCAGGAAGACCAACGUCCUGGGCCGAGCCGAGUCCCUGAAGAGGAGCAGCAUCCAGCUGCCCACGGACUUCCACAGCAAGAUCCACAACCUGACGCACACCUGGUCACAGCUGGAGAAAAUCCUCUCAGGACCUGGUUCCUCCCAGAACCGUUUGGACUGUGGCGACUCUCUGUCAGUCAGUGGUGACUCUGCUGCUGAGGACCGCCGCUCUGCUCUGUCGCCGCUCACCAACUCACUGUUGGAGCAGCUGGAGACGCGCAUCAAGGAGCUGAAGGUGUGGCUUCGUGACACUGAGCUGCUCAUCUUCAACUCCUGCCUGAGACACGACAAAGACGCCCCAGACCAGCUGCAGAGCUUCAAGUCUCUUUGUGCUGAGGUGCGAGCUCGACGCCGUGGAGUGGCAUCCGUACUGAAGCUGUGCCAAAAACUGCUGCAGCAAAGUCAGUCGGGCCUCAUGGCGGAGGCGGCAGGCCCUGAGGCGGAGCAGCACCAGGAGGCCCUGCAGCUGCUGUCCAUCAACCUGGAGCGUCGGUGGGAGGCCAUCGUGAUGCAGGCGCUGCAGUGGCAGAACCGACUGAAGAAGGAGCUGGGCGAGCGGCAGGUUCCUGGGAACUUCCUUGAGCCAGGUCUUGUUGAUCUUCGCCAGAUUAGCCCAGUUCCUGCUGCACCAGUGCAGGACGAUUCCUGGGAAUGGGAUGAAACCGACAUGACAAUGACAGAAGUGGAGCCACAGGUUCUGGAACCCGACCUGACCCAGAACCUCCCCACAGAACCAGAGUGGAACCAGAGGAGUGCUGCUGCCAGUCAGAGUCUGGGAGAGUCUCCGUCAGAAACUGCAGCCCAGAUGACCAACAACAACAACAACAUGGUGUACCAGGUUUACAGCCUCCAUAAUGUGGAGUUCUACAGACAGCCACAGUUUACUGGCUGUUCUUCUAAAGGCAAAUUAGGAAAACAAAAACAGCACCGCCUGCUGAAGAGUCUCAGUAAAGACUCUUCUUUCUCCUCCAUCGAAUCACUCCCAGACCUUCUUGGAGGACUGGCAUCCAGAAGUGGUGGAGGAGGAGAAGAAGACAAGUUGAUUGGUUGUGUAGAUGGAGAAGGUGGCAGAGAAAGUGGUCAGUCAGCCAACAGCCGUCGGUCUGAGUGUGAGAGCGGGAUUGUCAGUGACACUGGAGACACGGAGACCACCGGGAAUCCUGAAAAUCCAGAUAAAGACGAGGCAAAAAAGGAAAAAGUCUCCAGAAUUACCCAGGCAGUUAGGGUGGAUGAAAACAAGAGAGAGAAGGGAUGGAGGAAGGAUGAUAGCAGGAGGAACAGAGAGGAAGAGAAGAGGAGGAGACCCAGAAGAGGGGGAGGAGAGGCUUUGGAGAUCAUUAUUAAUGGACGUGGACUCCUAACACCUCCAGACUCUGAUUCUGACUUUGAAGUGGAAAGAAGUGGCGGAGAAUCAUCCAAGCCGUUUGUGUCGUGUAAGGUCUACCCAGGGGUUGGAGUUAACAGUUUGGAGACCCCGACUUUGAGUGGAGAACCAUCCAGUCCAGGUCUGUCACAGGGCUCCUCUCUGGAGUCUUUGCUGGCCUCUAGUGUAGACCUGUUUCCUUCUAAAGAAACGUUGCAGCGCAGUGCUUCUCUGGAGAGUUGCCUGGCGCCCGGUCGCAGCAACACCUCCAGCCUCUCGGAACUGGAUCCUCGACGCGGCGGAGAAGCCGAUUUGGUGAAAUCACAGGGAGAAGCUUCGUCUGGAGAACUGAGUCGAAGAACCCUAGAUCUCCUCAAACGCUUGGAGAACAUCCAGAGUCCUCUUACUCUGGAUGCAAAGAUGACUCGGAGUGUUUCUGACAUGAUGCUUCCAAGUAUCUCCUUGCAGCACAGACGUCUGUCCGCCUCUCCGUCCUUUGGUCCUCACUCAGCACUCUGUGGGAUUUCAGUGUCUUCUAUGAGGAAGGGUCCACCAUCACUGAUCAACGAGAGUUCAGCCACUGCGUCACUCACAGAGCUCAGCAGCACUGAAGAGUCCUCCCUGGGAUCUGAAGAUUGUGCUUUGGUGAGAAACCGCCGCCGCCAUCUCCUCAACCCUGCGAUGGCAAAUGCCUCCUACAAGAAGCAGCCGGCUCCACCUGUGAUGGAGGAGGCAGAUGCUGCCAGUUUGAGCAUGGUGGUGAACGUUUCAGCAUGCACGGACGAGGACGAGGACGACAGCGACCUCCUGUCGUCCUCAACCCUCACACUCACUGAGGAGGAGCUCGGUGUGCGGGACGGAGAGGAGGAAGAGGAGGUGAGGUUAAGUGGGGCCUCCUCAGGUAACGAGGAUGAUGAAGAUGAAGAUGAGGAGGAGAUGGAAGGUUCUUACGUCCUGGGACUGGAGUACAUCAAGAGUGAAUUGCAGAGCUGGAAUCGUUCUCCUCGCACCGCUUCCACAAAGUCUGAAUCAGGUCUCCGUGAUGAGCUGCAGUGUGGGUCCCACCAGACCUCCGUCUUUAACUCCUCCACCUCAUUCAACAAGGAGCAGAGCUGUUUUCGAAACCACUCCUCAACAAAACCUCCAGAAAGUGGCAACGAAGUUGUGGGAGGUGAGGGAGACGAGGGAAACCUGAGGAAGACGACCAGAAGCUACCUCAGCCAGUUUGUGGACGACGUGGAGAACGGGAAUGUGGACCAGAGCUGCUUGAGAAGGAAAGAUGAUGAAGAUGACAGGCUCCUCAGGGAGGAGUCCAGUGUUUUCAUUAAAAAGGAGGAGCUGCAGAGAGAGUUGUACUUCUUUGAUAAGUCAGAGGAACUGCCUGAGGACGUGGACAGUACGAAAACAAAACCAAACUCCACUCGACCUCCUACUUUGUCAGUCAGACGUGGCUGCUCUUUGAUAGGCCAACUUCAGGGAGAAAUUCCCUGCCACAGCACCUCCUUCCCCUCACCUCCAUCCCUCUCUCCAGUGGACGACUGCAGAUCCCACAAUGCAUUUCACAACGACAGGGCAGGGAGCAGUGAACGGAAGGCCAUCACCAUUCAGGAAAAGUUUAAAUUCUCUACACUCGUGACAGAAGAGACCAGGAAGGAGAUACGGGACAAGGACUCUUCUCUCCCUCCAAAAAAACAGCGAGGGUGUCGCCCCUCCUGCCACCUCCACCUCCCUCCUUCCUCCUCCACGCCCUCCUGCUCAGCGAAGAAGGAAAACGUGCAUGACUUUGUAAUGGAGAUCAUUGACCUGACGUCACUGGCGCUGAAGAGCAAAGAGAAUCAGUCUGAGGAGAACAACCAGUCUGAGAGCAACGGGUCGAACCAGGACCAGAGCCAGGGACCAGUGGCCAACAUCAGGGACAAGGUUCUGGAACAUUCCCACCGUCCUCUGCACCUACGUAAAGGAGACUUUUACUCCUACCUGUCCCUGUCCUCACACGACAGUGACUGUGGUGAGGUCAGCCAGUGCUCCGAGGAGAAGAGCUCCACGCCGGCCCCCUACACCAUCCCCACAUACGUCUCCCCAACACAGGGCCUCCACAGUCCCAGCCCUGAACUCUUCACCAGCACCAACAGAAAGACAGCCGCCUCCCUCUCCCCUCAGUCCGCUCACUCUCCUCCGUCAUCCGUCCCCCCCAGUCCUGACAUCAGGGACGAGGAGACGCUGUUUGCAGCCUGCACAGAGGAGGUGUACCUCGGUCCUCCUCUCUGCUACAGCAUGACGCUCACCAGGAAGUCUCGGUCGGCGUCCUACCCACCUGGACCUAUGUCCAAACCAGUCGAUGAUCUAGCAGACUUGUCUCCUCCAGAGGAGUUCAUCCCAGAUCAGGAGCUCCUGUACUUCCAAGGAUCCAGUCCCACAGUGAAGACAGAGGGGACACUGAGCUCCUCCUCUCCUCUGCUGCACCCCGCUCCGGGCUCCAUUUCCUCCCCCGCUGCAGACUUCACCUGUGACGACCCUCCAUCUUCACCCCCGGUGUCCCGGAGGCCAGUCCAGGACCUGCACCUGCUGCGUGAUGUCACUGGAAGAGAAGUGGCAGCCGCUGAGAGUCGGCGGGAGGAGAGUCGUAAUGAGGGGCCUCCUUAUCUUAAUCCCUGCCAACGUGUCGCCUCCUCCUCCACCUCUUCCUCCGCAGCCCAACGUUUGGCAGACACUAAAACGCUGGAAUCCGAUACGGACGCCGUAAUGACCAAGAUAAGUGUCUGCAGCUCGGCUACAAAUCCCUCAAAAGAGCCGGCCGCCGCCACGCGUGCUAAUCCCAAAAUUAACUGCUCGCCGAUGAGAGAGACAGAUAGGGAGAAGGGGAGGAGAGGGAGGAGCAGCUCGCAGCAGGAGGUGAAGACGAUGCCUGUCAGUCAUGAGACCGGAGCAGGGGCGGUGUGUGGGCGGAGUCAGCCCUCGGUGAGACACGCCCCCUCAAAGACGGGCAGCUUCAGUAGACUUCCUGUCCUCAGAGCUGGCACUUCCAGAAUUCACCUGUAGGGGGAGCUGUCUGCAGCGGAUCAUCUUGUCUCUGGGUUUCUUUCCGUGGGUUCUUUUUUCUUCUCCUCCUGUUCUCGGGAACUCGCCCUUCCAGCUCCACCAACACCGACACCUGCAAACCCUGGAGAAGAUGCGUCGGAGUUUACGAUGCGUCGGAGUUUACGAUGCGUUUCGUGGCGUUGACUUGUCCGGUCGUUUCUCUUCUACAUUCAAAUUUAAAUGAACAGCUGUAGCAUCGAGAGUAUGAAAACAAGAAAGUUACAGACGUUUACACAACAAAAAGUGACAGUGGAAGCUGUCACCACCAGGUGGCGUCGAUGAAUGAGUCUAAUCCCGUAGACAGGUGCAGAUUGACGCAGUAAACCAGGCUUGAAUGAGCUCACAGUCACAUCUACAUCUGUCUUACAUUUUAGUUUCCAAUGGAGCCUGUUUUAAAGGUUUGAAAUAUAACGGAGCAGCAGGUCAGCAGGUCAGCAGGUCAGCAGGUCAUUUCCCAGCUGCCCUGAUAGGAAAGUGUUUGUGCCUUCCCCUGUAGGACACUUGUAUUUCUGCUGCCGUCCAUUCCUCUGACCACGUCUCAGUCCAGGGUGGUCUUCAAAAAUAAACGUGUACAAAUAUCGAUCAGUCGUCCAGAUUAGACGUGGACAAUUCAAAAUUAUUACCUGUUGGCCAGUCUACAUGUGGGCCACGUCUGACACUUCAUCUGGGCCAGAUACUGGUUGGUGUCUGGUCCAGAGACAGUGUCUCUGACUCAUAGACCAAAGGCAGAGUUGGAGGUGGAGGAGAUGAAGAUGAGCUGAGAUCUUCACUGGGAGAGACCAGGAUGGACAGGAUUAAACUGAGCAGAUCAGAGGACAGUGAAGGAGGACAGGGUUGGAGAUAAAGUCAGAGAGGAGAGGAGGAGGUGUUGAGGAGAGACAGUGAAUAUAUCUGAAGGAGGGUGUUACAGAAGGAGCUGUCAGACAGAAGGAGCAGAGACCAGAGAGGAUGCACAAGGUGGACAUUAAGAUGGUGGAGACAGAAUACUGGGAGGUUUAGGAUAAUGAUAAACUUUGGUGACCAGUCGAGAAGACUAUGGAUUUACCCCCACUAGUGGCCAAACAUUGACACUGCUUCACUGUCAAAUUCAUUUUGAUAGGUUGUUCUCCAGGAUCUGUGAGAUCUCCUGUGGUUUUUCGUGGUGUUUUUUGCACCGAAGCAUCACUGAAUGUAAACAUUUGACCUGGCAGUUCUAAAAUGAAGAGUCUCGUCCUGUGCAGGAGUUUUUCCAGAUUAUUAAUGCUGCUUUUUGGAGAGUUAUUUUUUUCAUAAAAUGACCCAAAAACUUUGGAAUAAUAACUCCAGCCAUGAAGCCUCUGUGAUCAGUCUGCACACAUCGGUCAGUUGUAAAAGGAGACCCCACAUGGUGACUGUAGCUCCUGCCAAGUCUCCACUGAACGAACCUUUGACACUACCCCAGGCUGAGAGAUUGAAACCCUAACUCCCAAAAUGAACAAAAUACUUCCAGUUAUAGGACAGAGAAAGGAGUCACUCCCCAAAGAACUUCAUAUUUAAAACUUCUAAGAUAAGAUUUCUAUAUGAUUAACAUUUAACACAUGUUAAAUGUUGAAGUUGGACAUAGGCUGAGCAGGAGUUAGCUAACAUUAGCAAAAUACCAACAUAAUGAUCUAACUUUAGCUUUAAACGUGGACAUGGUGAGCUGCACAGCUGUAUAGGACCACUCAAGUAAAGCUAGCUUCUAAAAUAUUAGCGAUUGGCUAAUGUUAGUGUUAGCAAUAGUGCUAGUUUCAGACCACUCCUGUCAAGACAGGUAGCUUCAAUAUCCAUCAUAGCUUUGCUUGAAAAUGUCCAGAAACAAAUGGAAAAUAGGGUUUAGCUAACGUUUGCAGAAUAGCUCAGGUUAUAAAAACUACAAACCAGACGAAAAACAAAGACCCAAAGAGCAGCAGAGUCACACCUUACCUUGUAGACCUGAAGAAUAAAAAAACACUGACACUGAACAAACCUUUCCAUGUUGAAGUUGCCUAAUGUCUUGAGCAGUGUUUGGCUAUCCUUAGCAAGUUAGCUUCAGAAUGCCAGUGUUUUUAUUUUUCCGACAGCUCUAUCUAAAAAUGACAAAAUUCGAUUUUUGUUUUUGAACUUUGGACUAAAAAGCAAACACCCUUAAUAAAGUAAAAUGAACAAAUAUUUCAUCUAUGCAACACGACCAAAGCUAGCAAACGCUGAAGUGUUGUUGUUGACGGUUUGAUCACACCAACGUUUGUUGCCCCCAUUGUUGAUAAUACUGCUGAACGUAAACUAUGUUUUUUGGUUGUUUGUUUGUUUUUUUCUAGACAAUGAUUUUCUGUGAAGCAGGGUUUGGAUAUGUGUGUGUUUCCCUGUGUGUGUUUCUGUAUGGGUGUGUGUGUGUGUGUAGGACAAGUUAGGGUUUGAAAUCAUUUGUGUGCCUUGCCUCUACUCUUAAGUACUGUUGUGGAUUUGAAGAGCACUGUUUGCGACGUGAGCUGAUGAAAAUGUGAGACGACACAAAUGAAGAUGAACGUGAAGACGAUGUGCGGCUCGUGUAAAUAGUGUAUGAAACGGUUUCAUGAACCCGGAGUGAAGGACGCUUGUCGUUUGUCAUUUAUUUAUGUCCUGUAUGUGACCUGUGAUGUGAAAUAUCUUUAAUAUCAUUACGAUGAUGAUUAGACAUAAAGAGCUCGACUGCAUGGAUCCUGCUAACUACACUGUAAAACCAACUCUCAACAAAUAAACACUUUAUUGGAAAACACAAAA